UUAAAAUACUUCAAAAGUCAGGAGAGCAAGGUACUACCUAAGUACAAAAACUCUGCACUCUGUAAGGGAAAGCUCGAAAUCGUACGGUUCGCUGAGAUUCAUAAUCUAAAUCAUAAUCGCCGAAGAAUAGGGGUUUUGGAAGCGCAAAGAGAGAUAGAUUUUAGGGUUUAGCGUUGUACUGAUUCGUAGUAACAAUGGCUGAAGAACCAAGCCGUCCGAUUCGGCUCAUGAGUUUCGUCUCGGAGGAACAGUUGGAUGAAGCUAAAAAGGCAAGAGGCGAGCGUGUUGAGGAUGGCACUGCCCAGAGAGAUAGAGCUCUCUUUGAGAUUCUAAAGGAGAACAAAGACAAGAAAGAUGCAGAGUUUAAUGAACGUUUCAAGCACAGACCACCCAAAGCUUUGGAUGAUGAUGAGACUGAGUUUCUUGAAAAGGUGGAAAUGUCAAGGAGGGAAUAUGAACAACAAAUUGCAGAUGAGGAAGCUCAGCAGCUGCAGAGUUUCCAGGCAGCAGUGGCAGCACAGUCUAAUAUUGUACACGAGCUUAAGGAAAAAACCCCUGCUCCUAUAAUCCAGGAACAGAAAUCAAUUGGGAGGAAAAAUCUGCCUGCUCGUCCAUUAGGUAUGAUUAUUAAAGUCAAGCCACAAGCAAAGAAACCAAAGUUAGAAACAGGAACUUCCGAGCAGCCUUCAGAGGUGAGGAAUGCAGUGACAGCGAUAUUGAUCAUGAGCAAUGCUCUAUAAGCCUUGUCCUUGUCGUCUUCGGAUUCUGAAACAAGGAAGGACUUGACGCGGUGGAGCAACUUGGAGUAGACUCGGUCGGCGGAGAAGGACUUGUCAUCAGCGAGUUGUUGAGGGACGAGUUUGGUGGCGUCGGAGGAUAGGGCGCAGAAAUAGUCGUCGGCCUCGAUUGAAGAGAGGAAGUUGUUGAGGAGUGAGGUGUGAGUUUGAUGUUGAUCGGAUGGCUGUGGUUGAGGAGGAGGGGAGGAAUUGGAGAUGAUUGCUGGUCUGGGGAGAAAAAGGAGAGCGCCAAAGAUAAGAGAGAGAAAAAACUAAUAAAAUAAUAAAUGCAAGUGCUACAGUAACUGUGCAUAUAUGCACAAUUACUAUAACAAUUGUGCAUAAAUGCACAAUUUUACACUCACUAAAGUGGGUUUUUUUGGCUCAAAAGGUGUAAAAUGAGCACAUUUUUCUAUUUUGCACAACUUUGCAUCAACUGAUGCAGUUGCUCUAAUAGAUACAGAACUAGGGCUAUGAUUAAGCGUAAAAUUAUGACAUUAAAUUUUUUAGAAAGAAGCACAUAAUGUCUGUGCUGCAUCAACUGGUUGGAGCUAACAACUUUGUAACUUGUUGAACAGUUCUAUAUCUUCCAUUCAAAAAAAAAAAGAAAAAAAGAAAAAGAAAAAAAGAAAAAAAAGAAGCAUCGAGAGAAGUAGUGCAUCUUAAGUCCUAACCAACCAAUCAAUCAAUAUCUAUACGCUAAAAAUGUAACAUUUAUUGUUCUUACGUUUUUGUUGAGCUACAUUAGCUGACAUGUCAUUAAUUUCUUUUCGUUCUUUGUUUUUAAAAAACAUGUAUAUAAAUAUUAAUGUAUGAAAUAAUGCAUUAUGCCUUUAUUUUUUUUCAAAACUAGUUAUAACUUAUCAAUUAUGAUAUGACUGUUACUUUUUACUAAAAUGAAUUUACACAUUUUUGAACUUUUAUUAUUGAGAAGAAUUUUUUAGAAAAUAUAAUACUUUGUACUAAAUGUAACUUAUAAUAGAAAAUAUAUGUAAUACAAAUACUUUGAGCGGAGACACCAUUUAUUUAUUCUUAGUAUAUACUUGCUUGAAAAAAAUCUCAUUCCACCAUUGAAUUCAUAUUUGUAUGCUAAUAUAGUAUUCAAGGCUAGGUUAAAGGGUUCAGUUUUACUCCUACUUAGAGAACCAUAUGUCAUUUUUAUAAGCUUCAAGAGAUAGAGAUAAUAAAGCUCUUAAAAAAUGGUUUUUUUUCCCUUUAAUUUUCUUUUCAUAUAAACUAUUACAUGCAAGUAGUUUUCUUGAUAUGUUUUUUUGUGGUGUACCAACUUUCUCUACAUGGUACCAAAUUUAACUUGAAUAAAACCUUUAACAGACACAUAAAAUCACAUACACAUGCAUAAUAAUUUAGUUAAAAAUAUUAACGUGGUGAUAAUAAAUAUGAUUGAUGUUACUUUAAUAACAAAUCAAUUCCAUCAAAUUGGAAUACAUUACUUAUAAAAGAUUAUGGUUUUACAGCACUUUAUUAUUAUAAUUAUUAUUAAUUUUUUGAGAUAUGUUUACUAAUUACGGUUUGACAUUUGGUCCAUUUUGGACCACUUUGGUCCAAUUUAGUCCCAUUCUGUUCAUUUCAGUCUAUUUCGGUCAAUUUUAGUCCACUUUGAUGUACUUACUUAAGAAUAUGAAAAGAUAACUUUGUGUUAGAACUCCUUUUCUUUUCCCUCUCUCUCUCCCUUGUGUGUGUAUGUGUGUUUGUUUCUCAAAAAAAAAAAAAAAAAAAAAAUCUUUGUAUUUCAUUAAAUUAUAUAAAGUUAUAUUAUAUUAUACACGCACACAUUCACACAUCACAGUUCACACAAAUAACAUUAUAACAAGAUGUAAUAAAGUACACAAUCAGUAUUAGCCACGCACUCACACAUACAUAUAUAUUAUAAAAAUUUAUAAUAAAGAGAAAGACAUUCACAAUUCACAAACACUCAAUCUUUACUCUUAGAGUUGGUGAUACCAAGAUAGUUAAAUAGAGAAAAGAGAUGAGAUGGGAUUACGAGGGGAGAGUGAUUUGUGUGGUUUUGGGAUAAGACUAAUUUGUGAUGUUGCUUGGUUUUGGGGUGAACUAAUUUGUGAUCAGAGUGUGCAAAAUAUUUUUGAGGGUAAAUUAAACCGGUAAAAGGAUAUAUGUGUAUAUAUAUAUAUAUAUAUAUUAAGUUGGGGUUCAUUUGAACCCCCUAAAGUACUUGUAGUGCUGCCUUGAACAUGUGUAUCUUUAUUAGUCAUUAUAUCAUACAAUUUCAAGUUUGUAAACGCAUAUAAUAUGAAAAAAUCAAUACACCACUUUGUCUUUC